UCUUUUGAAAAACUACAAAAUUUUACAUCAAAUCCAAGAACUCAUCAUCUUUAACUCCAAACACAAAACUCCACAAGAAUUUAUUGUCUACGCCAUGCCUGGGAACAAUGAAUCUCUGAUUCAAACUCAAACCCUUAAUUCUCUCUACGCCGCACUAGACCCCAAGUCCCUAAUUCUCUCUCAAUUUUCAAAUUCCGAUCAGCCCCAAUUCCUUCAACUCACUACAGAUUGUUUAUUCAUGGAGAGGGGUCCUCGUUACAAAGCUUAUGCUGAUCUUAGAGAAAAGAAAUUGCGAAUAAAGCACAUGAAACAAUCAAUUCCUGAAGAGGAAGAGGAAUUGGUAUUCCAGGAGGAGUUUGUUGUUACUCCACCGAAGAAACAGGUGAAAUUUCAGGGGAGUUUGGUAACGCCACCUAAGAGGACAAAAGGGUCAUCGAUUUUGGCUCAAUCAGUGCCUGAUUUUUCAUCAGCAUUGAGGAAGGAGAAUCGGAAGCCGCCACCCACUAUGCUGCCGACUUUGAAGGAGAAGUCCGCUACGCCGCCUCUGGCUGGUUCGAAAAGUGGGAAGUUUUAUGGGGGUGUUGGGAGUAUUGGAGGUAGCAAAUCGGUGAAUUCAGGGGAUAAGAGGAUUGGGGGUUUGAUGACUAGGAAGAGUUAUGCUAAUGUCGAUGAACUGAAGGGAUUGGCUUCUGUGGCAAGGAGUGCUAUUAAUGGAGAAAACAGAGUAGGAAGAACAAACAGAGUUGCUGCAAAGACUGUUCUUGGAUACAGACAAUUAUGAAUUCUUUUAUCUUGUUUUCUCUUAGGGGUUUUGAUUCUUUGAUUUGCUCGGAAAGGGUGCUUUGGUGUAAUUGGUAAAAUUGAUACCGUAGACCCUUGUGGUCUGGUCCUUUCCAAAAACCCCGCACAUAGUGGGAGGUUAGUGCAUCGGCUGCCGUUCUUUUUUUUAUUUGCUUGAUGAAAGAUUGGUUUUUGAUUUCCUUUUUGUUUUCCUUAAAGAAUAUUUAUUUUUCAAAUUUGGCUGAGAGUUGUAUAGAGCAAUGGGUUUGAAUCAGACUGAUUCAUUGUAACCGAAUGGGAACUAUAGAAAGUAAUUUGGUUAUGGAUUGAUGAACAUUGAAUAUCAUAAUAAUAGAUUUUUUCUUAUUGCAUCCA